UGUGUGUGUUGGAGUGAGUUCAGUCGUGUCUUGUGUUCAUAGUGUUACAGGAGAAAUCCCGUCUGUUACAGCUCAGUGUUAUCAGGGUUGAGAUCUCAAAGUCUCUCAUGUGUUUGUGUGUGCAGAACAAACAUUCAUCUUUCUGAAACUGAUCUGAGUUUUACUACUGAACCAUCACCAUGAGGAGAAACACAUGUUGCUUAUACACCACUGGGAUUAUCAGCGUCCUCCUUCUCAUCGCUGGAAUCGUCCUGUUUGUGUCUGGACUUUUCCAGAAUAUGAUACACAACAAAAUCAAGAAGGAGGUGACUCUGACAGAAGGUAGUAAAAUCUUUGCCAACUGGAAAAAUCCACCUCCUCCGAUUUUCCUAGAGUUCUUUUUCUUCAAUGUUACCAAUCCAGAUGCCUUCCUGAAAGGAGAAGCUAAACCUCAAGUUACUGAAAUGGGCCCAUACACCUUCAGACAAUACAGGCUCAAAAAAAAUGUGACUUUUGUGGACAAUGGAACAAAAGUUUCUGCUUACACAGCAAAGUAUUUCGUCUUUCUCCCCGAGAGAUCAGUCGGAGACCCCGAUGUAGAUAUGGUGACCACGGUGAACAUCCCAGCUGUGGCCGUGAUUACUAAAUUCAAAGGGGCAGGAUUUUUUGUACGCUCGGCCAUAUCGAUGUAUAUCAACUCGCUUGGCACGACCAUGUUCAUGACGCACACGGUGAAUGAGAUGCUGUGGGGCUUUAAGGAUCCGCUGCUCACUAAACUCAAAACCUUGAAGCCGGAGGUGGAAGAAUACUUCGGUCUCAUGUACAACAAAAAUGGCAGUAAUGAUGGAGAGUUUGUGUAUCACACCGGAGAGCAAAACCAUCUGGACUUUGGUCGCAUUUACAGCUGGCAGGGGCAAAAAAUGUUGUCGUUCUGGAAAACCAAUCAGAGUAACAUGAUCAAUGGAUCCGACGGAAGCGCCUUUCAUCCGUUUCUGGAUAAAAACGAGCGUGUGAAUGUCUUCACAUCUGACCUCUGCAGAUCCAUCCACAUGCUGUUUGAGAAGGAAGUGAAGGUUAAAGGAAUCCCUGCGUAUCGCUUCACGCCGCCUCGUGCCACGCUUGCCAGUGGAAAAAACAAUCCUGAAAAUGAAGGAUUCUGUGUUACGCCAGAGAAAUGUCUGGAUGACGGUGUGGUGGAUGUGUCUGUCUGUCGUAACGGAGCUCCUGUGGUCGUCUCAUUCGCUCACUUUAACUUGGGUGAUAAGAAGUACUCGGAUGCCAUCGAAGGUGUUUCUCCAUUACACGAGCGUCAUCAGACGUUUCUGGAUCUGAAUCCUACGAUGGGCUUGCCUGUGCGUGCCAUGAAGCGAGCUCAGAUCAACAUCCGUCUGGAGAGAAUAACCGGCUUUCCUUUGACCAAGAAUCUGAACAACACCAUCUUCCCUAUUGCAUUCAUGAAUGAGUCUGUGUUGAUCGACGACGCGUCUGCUGCGAGGAUUCAGAAGCUGCUGUUGAUCGUGACUCUGGUCACAUAUUUCCCGCUUAUCUUCGUAGCUCUGGGAGUCAUUCUGCUCCUCAUCACCAUCAUCCUCUACAUCCGAACCAAACAACAUAAGCCUUCAUCUGCACAGAAAGACACAGCGUACACAGCUGUAAGUGCCAAACCAGACGACCCAGAGGAGAAGAACGGAGCCUACAUUGGACUGACACCUGUGGAUUUACAAAAGUCUUAAAUAUCUGUCUGUGUGUGUGUGUGUGUGUGUGUGUGUGUGUGUGUGUGUGUGUGUGUGUGUGUGUGUGUGUGUGUGUGUGUGUGUGUGUGUGUGUGUGUGUGUGUGUGUGUGUGUGUGUGUGUGUGUGUGUGUGUGUGUGCGUGUUUCUGUGCGUGUGUGCGUGCGUGUGUGUGUCUGUGCGUGUGUGUCUGUGUGCGUGCGUUACUAGUUUUUAGAGUCAUGUGUGUAAGAGAUGUAAGAUUGAAGCACAAUGAGUUUAAUUCUGCACUGGAGCUGUACAUUACAGUGCAUUCAUCAUCUGAACAUGAAUGACUGAAGAGAUUCAUGAAUGUGUGUGUUUGCGUCAGGUGAUGAAGGUUUGAUGUGAAUCUGCACUGUUCAGAAUCAAGUAUUCAGCAUCUGUUUUAUAAAAGUGUUCAGUCUCUGUUUUUUUCAUCAGGACUGUAGCUGACAUGUAAACUAGAUUUGCGUUUUUAAAAAGUGCUUUUAACGUAUCACAGACUGCGUCCACUGAAGACUGAAGCAAUUGUGCCUUUUCAUCUUAAUAAUUUAUGAAUUAUCUAAAAUACUAAAGUUAAAGUUGAAUUAUUUGGGAUUUGUUGUCCUGUAGGGAAAAUGAUACUUUAAUGUCUUUAGUCAUUUUAUUUACAAUAAUACUCAAACUCAUAUUAUGUUCAUUUAAAUGUGUUAUUCUCAGAAAUCUGAAGUUUCUGAAUGAUUUGAAAAGGUAUUUUAUUUCAAUGCUAAAGUUUGUUUUAUUUGUUUUAAAAUGAAGUACAAAGAUCUGUAAGUAUUACUAGACAGGAUGGCAAAAAAGCUGCAAUUGUUUUAUUGUUACUGAAUUCAUAUUUCAGAAUACUUUUUGAAUUAUUUUCAAGUUUCAAUCUGUAUAUUUUCCUUAUUUGUAGGUAGCAGAUCAAGUUGUGUGUUCAUUUUUAAUGUGUUUAUUUUGGCUUUUUUAUCAUAACAAGAAUUAAUAAAGCCACAUCAUAACAUCAUAACCUAUUAUCACAUAAAUGAAGGUUUAUUAUGAUAUUGCACUUACAUGUACACUAAUUAUUGUGUUUUAAUUUAGUUAAUGCUUGUUUAUAUUGUUUUCCUCACAUGCCAGAUAUGAGUUCAAUCCAUGCUUAGUUUUAUAGAUGAUUUAUAGUUCAAAUCAAUUUCACAUCAAAACCACUAUAGUAUGUAGUAUAGUUACUAUAGUAUUUAUAGAGUUAUUAGGCAUUUGACCUUAAAUUCAAGCACAAAAAAUGUCUGUAUGAGCCAGCAGAAGUAAUAUUCAGGUGUUUCCCUUUCAGGUAUCUUGAUAUCAACUGAAUCUCUCCAGCUGUUAGAUUUCCAGAUAUAUUAAGACUGCACAAAUAAUUGUACAGUUUUGUAUAUAAAUUAAACUAUUUUCCUGUGGAUUUAUAAGAAAAUGCAAUAAAAAUACGUUCUGAAAGACA